AUGGAUGAUAUUGUUUCUAGUGCUACUUGUGAUAACCUUAUUCAUGAUUUUGCUAUAAAUAUGAGUAAUACUUUUGAAAUGAGCAUGGUUAGUGAACUGACUUUCUUUCUAGGUCUCCAAGUGAAACAACUUGAUGAAGGAAAUUUCAUAUCUCAAUUAAAAUUUGUAAAGGAGUUAGUCAAGAAAUUUGGUUUAAAAGAUUCAAAGCAUGUGCAAACUCUUUUUAGUACUUCAUCCAAAUUGGAUAGAGACUCUGAUCCUAACAAGGUUGAUCCUUCCUUGUAUAGGAGUAUGAUUGGUAACUUGUUAUAUAUGGCAGCUAGUAGGCUAAAUAUUUCAUUUAGUGUAGGUGUUUGUACUAGAUAUCAAGCUGAUCCUAGAGAACGACACGUUCUUGCAGUCAAAUGCAUUAUUCGUUAUGUCAAUAGUACAUUAAAUUAUAAAUUGCGUUAUUCUUCUGAAUCUAACUUUAAGAUUGCAUGCUAUACUAAUGCUGAUUGGGCUGGUAACAAGGAUGAUAGAAAGAGUACUUCAGGUGGUUGUUUCUAUGUUAGUACUAAUCUUGUCUCAUGGUACAGCAAGAAGCAAAAAUACAUAUCUUUAUCAUCUUGUGAGGCUGAAUACAUUGUUACUGGAAGUUAUUGCACACAAUUAGUUUGGAUGAAACAGAUGCUUUUAGAUUAUGAAGUUGAUCAAGGUACUAUUGCUACAUUUUAUGAUAAUACUAGUACAAUUAAUAUUUUAAAUUAA